AUGUUCAUUUGGGACCAACAACCAAUUUUUAAUAUCGACUCUCUUUGUUCAUUACGUGCCUACAUUCAUCAUGCAACAAUAGCUGCAAUUCAUCAUUCGUUCAUCUUACAAGCAAUAGAAAAGUAUGCUAAAAUUAAGAGAUUGACAUUUCUAAAUAGUUCUAGUGGUAAAGUGACUAUUGUCCUUUUUCAAUGGAUAUUUGAUGUGACUUUCAGUUUACCUGUCUACUUAACAGACAACAUGCCAAAAUUUCGUACAGAAAACGUAUGUUUUGUCUCAAUAACAAAACCUGCUUUUUUAAUUUGUAUGGCAUCAAUAACAUUUCUUUUAUCAGAUAUUACUCUUUCUGUUCUCUAUCGUCGUCUAGUAAGUCACGUACGUGAAGUUUCAACGAGAGUACAUAGUAGUCAACGACGACUACAAAUGCGUCGUGACUUAGCAAUGGUUCGACGUAUUAUAUUGAUUAAUUCUCAAUUAGCUCUUGUGGACAUACCAGCAAUUAUUUUCAUACUAUUCAGUAUAAUUCGUCCUGAUCUUUCACCAUACAAGUGGAUGCGCCUGUUACUUUUGAGUUUGAACGCAGCAUUAUGUCCUAUGCUCGUUAUUGUUUUCUGGAUAACGCCAAAUCUACGACAAAGUCUUACUAAAUGUGUGAACAAAACAAAGCUGCAUUUACUAAUGAAUGGCAAUCGUGUUAGACCAAUAACAGAACGCCCACGGUUUUAA